AAUCAACACCAGCUGUAUCCUAAACUGUUUUUACAACACUGGUCAUUAUAAUGGAAACAAUUACCAAGAAACAACCGAAAUUGAGCGAAAUUAAAGAAAGUGUAACGAAUAUUCUUGAUAAUUUAGAACAAUUAGAGGAUCUUUGUAAUGCCAAACAAUCGGACUUUGAUGUGGGACAGGCGGAAGAGCUACAGCGACGCACGACAACCCUGUUGGAUGCACUUGACCAAGUUGAUGCCCAUAAAGUAGCCGGCAAAACAAAACAUAAAAAACGCCGGCAUCGCUUACAAAAACAAAGAAACAAGCAACGGAGAUUGGAAGCCAAAAAAUCGAAAGACCUAAAGAUUUUAGACCAAAUUAAAAUUGAGCCGGUCUCAGCUCCAAACACUAAUAAGCCGGCUGAACACAUUUGCCUGAAAAAGCGGCAGGAUGCAGCAUCCAUUUUACAGACCUUUGAUCUGUUGAGGAAAUUGUGUGAAUCCCGAGGUGGGGACAAGGCCGCCUUGGACCAGAAACUUUCCCAUAUGCGCCACGUAUGGAAACAAGUUCAACAAGAAUGCGAAAGUGACAACAUCCAUAGUGCCAAGAAAGAAUCCAGUAUAGACGCCCAAUGGGACAUGGUGUUAUUUGGAUCAGGUUCCCAACAGGAGAGAAAAAACAAGAAUACAUUCCUCAAGAAUCGGUAA